AUGUCUCGCAAUCGAAUCUCACCUAUGCUAUAUUGCAAUUCCGUUAUGGCACAUAUUCAGCACCACCUGGGCGUCUUGUCACUUUUGAUACCUCUCAUCGGUAUCAUAGGAGGAGCCCUGAAGUGGAACAGUGCUGUCAUCUUUGCUCUUAACAUUGUCGCUCUAAUUCCACUUGGAACAUGGAUUAGCCGAUCAGUUGAUGCGCUGACUGUAGGUGGCAGUCGAGCCAUUAUUGAAGUGCUGAAAUCAACACUGGGAAACUCGGUGGAAUUAAUGAUCGGAAUCAAUGCGAUCGCGCAAAACCAACCACACAUCUCCCAGUCCGUGAUACUUGGAAGUGUUAUAAGCAAUUUAUUACUGGUCCUAGGCAGCACUAUCUUCGUCUCAGGCUAUGACCAAAAGCGACUCCGGUUCGAUCGCACCCUCACAACAGUCCUCUCGUCCCUUAUGAUGGUCGUCUUCAUCCUCCUCGCUCUCCCAACCAUAAUGGACGUUUUCCCAUCCGCCAAAGCCACCCCGGAAGACCACAUCCUCUUAACGCAACGUGCAACAGCCAUUAUACUCGUCAUUCUGCUCCUCACAUUCCUCGUCUUCCGCCUCGGCACCCAUGCAACCAUGUUCGCCAGCACCCCAUUCAGCCAGCGAGAUUACGCCCGCAGCGACUAUCAAUCUAGCCAGAGCCAAAUCGCCGAGGCCCAGAUCCCACAGCCGUAUAUCGGCAAGGGCCCCGCAGGUAUAAUUUUAGUCGCUGCUUCUGCUUUUGCGCUUGUGUGCACUCAUUAUAUAGUCGGCAGUUUGAGCGGGGUUGCGUCGAUCACGGGUAUGAACCAGUCUUUCCUUGCCGUGACGCUUGUUCCUCUGCUUGGGAACUCGACCAAGUACCGCUCCAUUGUUAUGGGGUCUAGAUCCCUCAAUCAGGUUGAGCUUGGAAUCAGGUCGGUGAUUAAUAAUGUGUUGCGGGUUACGAUGCUUCUUGCUCCGCUGCUGGUUCUUAUUGGUUGGGCUUUUGAUCAGCCGCUCAUGCUUAGGUUUGAUGGGUUUGAGGCUACGACACUCUUGCUUAGUGUUGUGGUUAUGACUUAUCUCAUAUCUGAUGGGCGGAGCAAUUACUUCGAGGGGCUAAUGUUAAUUGGAACAUACAUGAUCAUUACUUUUGCGUUCUUUGUUAGGCCUGAAGCGUCGGUGAAUGUGAUUUUCCUAGGUACUUAG